AUUAUUAAGAGCUUGAAACUAAACAAAUGGACAAAGAAUGACAUUGAAAUGUUGCCCCUAGAAUUUACAAAACUACCCACAACAUGUACAACAAUUUGGGUGGCCAAUAAUACCCAAAAACUCAUCCCAAAAAAUCACAAACUCAUAAGAAAAUAAAAAAUAAUAUCCAUUUCUUCUAAUCUUCAUUCAUUCAAACUCAAAAAAAAAAGCUCUAACCUCAUGGCUCAAUUGGGAAACUUAUAUGUUCCCAACAUUUUAAGGACACCUACAAAAUCAUGCUUAACUAAAUGCCAUGCCAAAAAGUUUGAGGAAUUUCAUCAAAAUGAGCAACAAUCUUCAUCUUUGGCAUUCAAAAAUAAUACAUCAAGAAGGUCAGUCAUAAGCAUUGCUUCCAUUGCUCUACUUACUCAAAUUGGUACUAAUAAUGCUUCUUUGGCCGAGGAAGAAAAUCAGUUGUGGCUCGAUGGCCCUCUUCCCGGAUUACGUCCGGCCGAAAAUAAAAUUGGCAACGAAGAAACAGGAACAAGGACAUUUCUGAAGAAGGGAAUUUACAUGGCUAACAUUGGAACAAAAGGAAGUGCAUUAAGGCUUAGGAAAUAUGCCUUUGAUCUGUUGGCAAUGGAAGAUUUAAUAGGCCAAGAUACCUUGAAUUACGUCCGAAGGUACCUCCGAUUUAAGGGCACCUUCAUGUACUAUGAUUUCGACAAGGUUAUCUCUGCUGCCCCUGUUGCUGAUAAACCUCCUCUCACUAACCUUGCCAACAGACUCUUCGACAAUUUCGAAAAGCUUCAAGAAGCUGUGAAGCUCAAGGAUGUACCUCUAACACGAUCUUGCUACGACGACACAGCAGUCACUCUCCAAGAGGUGAUGAACAGAAUGGCAUAACAGUCUGCAGAUAUUUCUUUUUUUAUCAUCCUGUUAUUGUACAAGUAAUUUCUGAGAAAUGAACAUACUACUAUUAAGCAAGAUAGAGAUCGUCGAAAAAAAAUUCCAGCGAAAAAUACAAGAAUAGAAAGAAUUAGGAUUAUAAAUAAAUACACCUGAGGGGAAAAAAAUAAAAUCAACCUCAGUGUUAAUGUAUGUAUUGAUCAUUAAUUAAUUAAUUAAUUAAUUAAU